AGACAUGUAGUUGCAUGUAUGUAAUAGUCAUGAGCGCAGAUCUUGCAAUUAUAUCGUCAUAGAAAGAAGAAGUCAAAGAGUAGCACUAGAAUCUCAGAACAUCACGGUUAAAAUGCAAGUUAUUGAACUUCUCUGUGCUGUGUGCGCAUAUUCUUCAAAAGGACAUGAAAUGGCUCUUCAUGCUCUACGGCACUUCAAGGUUACUUGUGAUCAGAAGCAUGGGUUUGACAUAAUAGUGAGUGAACUUCGUAACACAAAAAAUGUUGAAUAUCAGACAAGGCUGCUUUCUUUCAUCAACUGCCUAACACUGGGCUGCCACAAUGUCCACAAGCGUGUGCAGAUCAGGAAUGAAUUACUUGGUCGUGGGCUUGGACCAAUCCUGAGUUCACUAAGUGCAGCUGAUGAUAAGGAGCUACAGAUGCAAGUUUCAGCAUUCAUUGAUUACCAACACAGAGAUGAGAUGGAAUUAGAAUCAACAAAACAACUAACUCAUCAUCAGUUGUUUGAAACAAUAUUCGAAAAGGUACACAUUAUUGUCCUUAUUGCUACUAAUAAACAGAAAUACUUGUGGUUAGUAUAG